ACCCCGAGAUUAUCAUCAGACUUUUACAUCAUGAAAUCCUCUGUAUUAUUGUCGCUGUGUACUGCUGCUCUUGUUGCUGGUGCUGCCCAUCCUCUAGAGCCCCAGGUUGUUCUUAAGGACGGGCAAUCCACCUUCACUGAGCCGGAUGAGUACCUCAUCGAGCUGUCUCCUGGCGAGACAAGAUGGGUGACCGAGGAGGGCAAGUGGGAGCUUCGCCGUCAAAACAUCAACUUCUUCGAUAUCACGCACCACGAGGAUCUCGGCACGAUCAACGCGAAUAGGCUCAUUGAAAAGAGCGUGAAGUUCCCAUCGAAGCCCGCGUUCAAUAAGACCGUCGUUCCGCUUCUCAAGAAGCUCAAGAAGGAUAAUAUGCGCAAGCAUCUUGAAACAUUCACCUCGUUCCACACCCGAUACUACAAGUCGCAGUACGGCGCUCAGUCAUCUGCAUGGCUUCUCGAACAAGUCAGCAAGACACUUUCGGAUGCAGGUGCUGUAAACGCGUCUGUCAAGGCAUUCCCCCAUCCAUGGGGUCAGUCAUCCAUUAUCGCCACACUCCCUGGCAAGAGCAACAAGACUGUUGUGAUUGGUGCGCAUCAGGAUUCCAUCAACCUUUUCCUACCAUCUAUCCUUGCUGCACCAGGUGCCGAUGACGAUGGCAGCGGAACUGUCACCAUUCUCGAGGCUCUGCGCGUGCUACUUAAGUCUGAGGGCAUCCUUGAUGGCUCAGCACCCAACACCGUCGAGUUCCACUGGUACUCUGCUGAGGAGGGUGGUCUGCUCGGAUCGCAGGCAAUCUUCCAGUCGUAUGAGAAGGAGGGGAGGGACGUCAAGGCUAUGCUCCAGCAGGACAUGACCGGCUAUGUUCAGAAGACGCUUGACGCUGGCGAGCCUGAGUCUGUUGGUGUCAUUACGGACUUUGUCGACCCUGGCCUCACCGAGUUCAUCAAGCAGAUCAUUACUGUGUACUGCGACAUCCCAUUCAUCCUGACCAAGUGCGGGUACGCUUGCUCCGAUCACGCCAGCGCUUCGAAGGCCGGAUACCCCUCUGCUUUCGUCAUCGAGUCGGAUUUCAAGUACAGCGAUAGCAAGAUCCACACAACUGAAGACAAGAUUGAGUAUCUCAGCUUCGACCACAUGCUUCAGCAUGCGAAGCUGACGCUUGCUUUGGCUUACGAGCUUGCCUUUGCCGAAUUUAAGUAGUUGCAUUCCUGUCGCGGAGCAGACGGAGUAUAUAAGGGUCGUGGUAGCAUUCACGUAUGCCAUACCAUCUUUAGCCAGCGAUUGUAUUACGUCCUGAAUUAUGAUUACGGAACGAAACUAGCGUCCAGUCUUACAUUUGA